AUGUUCCAAGCUAAUCGGGUCCCAGGCGAAGAAUGCAUCUCUCAGACAGAGUACCCUGACCCUCCUGAGACCACAGCCUGCGGCAAUACGAUCUUCAAGCCGAUGAACGUUCAGUCUCAGAGUGGUAAUUAUCACAACACAGGCUCGUCGAGUAGCACGAAUGGUACGGAUGCAGCAGACCCUGCCUUUCUAGGAGGUCACCCUGAGGAAAUAGAUGUGGCAGUCCCUCUUCCAUCUGUCUACCCUGUACAGUAUCUUCCAGAUGGCACCAACAUUGGAGCCCAGUGUGAAAAGGAAUACCAGACAUAUCCGGCUAAAUUGGCAUCGGACCGUGAUACCCUAAAGAUCCGUGUGCGUGAGCUGGAGAGGAAUGGCUCUCAAAUGGGCAAACGCCUUCUAUUAGAGUUACAAAAGUCUCGCAACGCUGAGACCAGAUACAGGGAUUUAGCCAAGGACCUUUUUAUCUCAAACCGGAGGAUCCACCACUUGGAGCAUCUGGUUAGCUUGCAGGAUAAAUAUAUUGACCAUUGUCUGGUCAAGACGAACAGGCUUCAGGGUGAUAUUGCGCGGACUGUUCGGAGUGCUACCUAUACAAGAACGCCGUCACAGGUUCGCAGAAGCGCCAGGAUUAGAGACAAGGUAUCGAAGCAGCGAAGAGCGAAAUGCUGA